AUGAGAAGUGUCUACAACCAAAUGCAUAAAGGUCUUCAUUUCCAAACCCGAGCAAAGGUAGAUGAAUCGGAGGAAGAUUCAGACGACGAACAAGAUGAUGAAGAAGAAGAGCAUACAGUGAGCAACGUCGAAGCAGAAUCAUCCAAAAGAAAUCUGAAUGCAGAAGACCUGAUUCUUCCGUUCAAUUGCUGCCAUGAUUAUAAAAAGUGGACGGUAAAUCUGCACCGAGUGCUUCUCACCGACAACGGAUCCAAUUUCAAGUCAACACUAUUUGAGAGUGUUCUACAACUUUUGGAAGUAAAACAUUCUCUAACGGCUCCGUAUCAUAAAUCUGCAAACGGAACCAUCGAGAGAGUGCAUCGAACAAUUGAGGAGUCGCUGUCUUCGUUCGUAAACUCCAAACAAACCGACUGGGACCAGAAAUUGCCGUUCAUCAUUUUCUCUAUCAAUUCAUCGCAUCAUGCCGUGACCAAAGUAAGUCCUCAUCGUGCACUUUUUGGUAGAGAAUUAACAACGCCGGAAGAUAUUCAACUGGGACCAAAACCAAAAGAUUGCAUUGGUUCAUCGUACUUGGACCUUGAAGAUUUUGAGGAAUGUCUUAAAAGACAUCUUCAAGAUCUCCACAUCAUCAUACAAGGAAGAAUCAAGGAUCAAAUCGGACGGAACAAGGAAAGGCACAUGAAAACGCAUCGUGUCAAAGAAAGGAAAGUGCAACUGGGAAGCAAAAUUUUCAAUGGUCCGUUUGAAGUGUUGAAGGUGGACAGAUACAAUGUCGAGUAUGCCGAUGGAGAGAAGAGGAAGAUUGCGAAUACAGAUGAUGUUCGAUUGGAAGGAAGCGGAGAAGAGGAAAUAUCAGAAGGGGAAGACGAUGAAGAAACCCAGGAGGUACCAGAAGAGUCAGAAGAGGAUGAAGACGAUGGAUCAUCAGGAACGGAUCGAAGAAGUUCAAAAAGAAUCGAUGGAAUCAAGAGGAAAGGAAGGAAACGUCAUGAAAAUGGGAGCAACAACAAUGGAAAGCGAGGAGGAUUCCAGAAUCGGAAGACCAAAAGCAGAAACGACGAAACCGACAGCAGCAACAAUCUCAGAAGAUCAGAGAGGAUCAAAAACAAAAGAUUUAGUCGAUUCAAAAGUUUAUCAAUGUUCAAAGUAAUGUAUUGUACUGUCUCUUCAUCAUGCUCUUCUCAACUCGACCUCGCUCACGACUCGAAAACAAGUCAAGAUCAUCACUGUAUGGAUCAUCCCACGGACUAUGAUAAGAUGUCAAACGCAAAUGUCAAUGAUGAACGCAAAUUUCAAAACGAUAAACUCGAAUAUCAAAAUGCUGAAUGUUUGAAUGAAUACGAUGUCAAGAUAUGGUCAAUGGCAAGGAGAACAGUUCGAAGAAGUCGAUCGAGGCGCUCGACAUUAAGGAGCGAUGGGAUGUUACCCGAGGGACCGCCUCUUUAUGCGCGUUCCUCGGGCGGACAAGCGGUCAGUCGGUGCGAGGAAGAGGAGAGGGAGAUGUGA